AUGCAUUUGUCUCGUGUUCUAAUUGUAGCUGCGACUGUAUUGCUGGCUAGCAGUGACUAUAUUGAUGCUUCCAAGUGCAGUGUCAGACCCUCGACGUCAUUGCCUCCGACAAUCGUCGAAGUUAAUGAACCACCGCUCGAUGUUAAUGAACCAUUGAUUGAAACAUCGUAUUCCCUUGGUAGUGCGCCACGUACACCCGAAACCGAAAGCCCUGAAGAGCAGACCACCAAUCCAGCAGAGACACCUGAAGCCGCUACACCGACGGAAGCACCGACAAUGACCGAUGUCUCAACGCCCUUGACUACUACAAAAAGCAGUACACUGUCGUCGGAUAACUCGAAACUUUGUGCUAAACUUCGUGUACGCAUCACCGAAGUGAACGUGGAUGAUAUUGUCGACUACAAUGAGGACGAGGCCGCACUCAAGCUCGUGGCAAUUGCAUCGUUGCCUUCGGGUGGGUCACGCAUCGCUUUUCACAGCGGUGACAAUGUCAUUGUUCGGGAGCUGGACGCCAACGACGAGUUGGUGAGUAGCAACACCGCCGUCGAGGUGCCACUUCAUGACUUUGCCGACAUUUACGCUGACAAGAACGGUUUUGUGCUCCUUGGCACAAGAGACGCCGAGGGUGGAGGCACCCUCAACUGCGGUGACCCGACCAAUCUUUGUGGCGUGGCGCCCGACCCGCCCGUGGCAUGCUACGAUAUGUACAUGGUUCGCUACGACGGUACGAAAGAAAAGUGGGCCACGAAGCUGACGUCGUCCAGCUCGUCGCUACCACCUUAUUCCUCGUCCAAGACAGGUGAGAACGUUUACAUGAUCUGGUGGUACCAACACCACGGUCGCAUUGCGUCUGACGGCACAAAUUGGGCCGCAUACUUUGGUGCUGCCAUCUCGACGUCCGAGGGCGGCUGCAUUAACAUUCACCAGGGUGACCGCAUGAAGGUAGUGAAUCCGUCGGGCACCAUUACGACGGACAAGGAAUCAUUCGACUGGGGCUGUUCGCACUCGGCUUACGAACGUAUCACGUAUGACAACCGCACGGAAAGCUACGUGAUGAUCUGUAAGACGGAUAGUGGUAACCGUAUCAUAUCACCUAAGGACUGGGACUCGACCAUCUACCCAGUGGACUUGGCUGCCGCCAACCUGGGUGACAUCGUGCCGGAUUCGAACCCGUCGAACAAGAAGUAUUGGGCUACGGUAAGCAGCGGCAAUGGCGACAAUGCUAAAGUGCACCUGAUCCACUUUGCAAUGAAUGCUGCGGCCAGUGAGGACAUCACGCUGGGCGGCACGGACGCCAACGAGCGCGCACCGCAUCUGGCGUCCAUUGGCAAUGGUGGCAUGCUAGCCGUGUGGGAAGGUAGCUCAUCAGGCGGUGACCUGGCCGAGGAUGAUGUCCGCACGAUGUACGCCCAGGUGUUGGAUGCAUCAACGGGCAAGAUCAUUAGCAGCAAGGUGACGGUCGACAAGUCUGUGGUGGGCAAUCGCUUUCAAGCAUUGAAAACGUUUCCGGAUGGCAGUGUAGCGUACUUAUCGAAGGGCAAGAACGACACCUCGUUGCAGGUUGUCCGCUUCUUUGGAUGCUAA